AUGGGUCUUGGAAGUGAUGACCAUGACGGAGACACGCACAAGUCCUUCGGUUCAGUGCCUUGUUCGAUUUGUCUCGAGGCUGUUACUGAUAACGGUGAUAGAUCCUGGGCCAAGCUUCAAUGCGGACAUCAAUUUCAUCUUGAUUGCAUUGGCUCAGCCUUCAAUAUAAAGGGGGCGAUGCAGUGCCCUAAUUGUCGUAAGAUUGAAAAAGGUCAGUGGCUUUAUGCUAAUGGUGGUCGAUCAUACCCAGAAUUUAGCAUGGAUGAAUGGACACAUGAUGAGGAUCUAUAUGAUGUUAGCUACUCUGAAAUGUCCUUUGGAGUUCACUGGUGCCCUUUUGGAAAUUUGACCCGACUUCCUUCAUCUUUCGACUCAUAUUCUGCUUUUUAUUUUUCCAGGGAAGGGGAUUUUUCAUCAACUGCAUAUCAUGAUAUACUGGGACAACAUGCUAUAUUUGCCGAACAUACGGCUGUAUCAUCUGCUAGUCAUCCUUGCCCAUAUAUUGCCUAUUUUGGACCAAUACAUCCCUCCACUUCCAACUCUGGUGGAACUGUUUCCGAAGCUUCUAAUUUCAGUCACUGGAAUAGUCCACCUGUACCUGGUGAUAUACCAACCUCAUACACAUUUCCUGCAGUGGAUCUUCAUUAUCACAGUUGGGAUCACAAUUCCUCUCAUUUUUCUUCUGCCAGCAGCCGUCUCGGCACCACAGAUCAGAUCUCAGUAUCACCUGGUAGUCAAAGGCCAGCCAGGGGUGUUUCAGAGCUCCCUAGAUCUGGAUCUUUUAUGCAUCCAUUCCUUGUUGGUCACAGUUCUGCUGCUAGGACUGGUAACUCUGUUGCAUCCCCAAUGAUCCCUCCUUAUCCUGGCAGCAAUGCUCGGGCUCGUGAUAGAGUUCAGGCUCUUCAAGCAUACUAUCAACCUCAGCAACAUCAUAAUUCUUCCUCGCUACGGACACCUGUUGCUUCUAGCACUCGAAGAUCCAGUAGUCAUAGUGGGUCAGUUCAAUUAGCACAAGUGGCCUCGUCACCCGACCAAAGUAGUGGCUUCGUAUAUAUCCCAGGCUCUUCAGCACGCAAUUUCCAAGAAGAAACUCAUCUGCCAAGUCGCUUCCAUGCUUGGGAAAGAGACCAUUUACCUGUAUUGACAUUAAACCAUGUUGGUAGAGAAUCAAGUUGGAGAGCAUACCACCAGACUGCCAAUGUGUCAGACCCAAAUAUCAGAUCCAGCAACUUUCGAUUGAGGCAUGAAUCCGAAAGAAUGCCUUCACAAAAUCGGUGA